CGUCGCUUCUGAGCGGACCGCGCAUGCGCAGAGGAGCCAGCGGCCGCAGCACAUUCCCCGCUUCUCCUCUUCUUCUUCUUCGUCUCUUUCCCGGAGUCGAACGAUCCACGGGCGACACGAGCCGCUGUUGCCUUGUACACGAUCGUGCGAAUAAAUGUGCGAGUCCUUUUCUCGACAGUCUUCGAGAGGAAGCGACGCCGUGACCGCGGAGCUGCCGUAAACACCGAUUGUGCACAGUCGUCGCCAGUUCCAUCACCAUGGCAACAGAAGACAAGAAACCAGAGACUGAUACGAAACCUCCGGUCGUGCCGUCGGCGUCCGCCAGUCAAAGCAAGUCUGCGCCUGCCAAACCAAACUACAGCCUGAAAUUCACAUUAGCCGGACACACUAAAGCUGUCUCCUCGGUCAAAUUCAGUCCCAGCGGAGAGUGGCUCGCCAGCUCCUCUGCUGAUAAACUCAUCAAAAUCUGGGGAGCAUAUGAUGGCAAGUUUGAGAAAACCAUAUCUGGACAUAAACUUGGAAUAUCUGAUGUGGCCUGGUCCUCUGACUCCAACCUCCUGGUGUCUGCGUCAGAUGACAAAACCCUGAAGAUCUGGGACGUCAGCUCGGGAAAAUGCCUUAAAACUCUAAAAGGUCACAGCAACUACGUCUUCUGCUGCAACUUCAACCCCCAGUCCAACCUUAUCGUGUCAGGAUCGUUUGAUGAGAGUGUCAGGAUAUGGGACGUGAAGACUGGGAAGUGUUUGAAAACAUUGCCGGCUCAUUCUGAUCCUGUCUCUGCUGUUCACUUCAACAGAGACGGCUCCCUGAUUGUGUCCAGUAGCUAUGACGGCCUUUGCCGAAUCUGGGACACAGCAUCAGGCCAGUGUUUAAAGACGCUCAUAGAUGACGACAACCCUCCUGUGUCAUUUGUGAAGUUUUCUCCCAACGGGAAGUACAUCCUGGCUGCUACACUGGACAACACGCUGAAGCUGUGGGACUACAGCAAAGGAAAGUGCUUGAAAACGUACACGGGCCAUAAAAACGAGAAGUACUGCAUAUUUGCAAAUUUCUCCGUCACAGGUGGAAAGUGGAUCGUGUCGGGCUCGGAGGACAACAUGGUUUAUAUCUGGAACCUGCAGACCAAGGAGAUUGUGCAGAAGCUCCAGGGCCACACAGACGUCGUCAUCUCGACCGCCUGCCACCCGACAGAGAACAUCAUCGCGUCUGCGGCUUUAGAAAACGACAAAACCAUCAAGCUAUGGAAAAGCGACUGCUAAGCCCUCUUGGAUCUUUUUGGGCCAUUCAUUCACUCAGCCUCUUUCUGUCUCUCCCCCCCCCCCCCCCCCCCUUCCCCGACAUUUUGAUGUAAAAGGACUUUUUAUUCCAACGGAGCGCUCCUGCUGGAUGUAGCAGGUAAUGAAAUUCAGCACAGUGAGACACGUCAGCCGAGACAGUUCCGCAGCGGACACGUUCUUCUCGUCACGUACAAGAUAUUUCAUUCAUCACAUUUCACACAUUUCACCCAGAUUUUGUUGUCUCAUAAGGGAAAUGGUUGACUUUUGUUAAACUUUACAUCAAGUACCUUUUUUUUUUCUUUUUUUUUUAAACAUGCAUUUACCUUGAUGUUCUUCCUUCAUACAAACUCGCUGACGUUUCUGGUGUUGUACAAUAAAUGUAACGGUCAUUUGGACUUUUAGUAUCAUU